UUCACAGAGACGCACUGAUGCAGGAAGUGGCAGGUCCUGGUCCGGUUCUGCUCUUGGAGCCGUUCUAUGGAGGGUCCCACAAACAGCUCAUGGAUCUUCUGGUCCAGGACUCGGACUGGACCCUGUGGACUCUGCCCUGCAAAAAAUGGCACUGGAGAUCCAGAACCUCGGCCCUGGUCUACAGCCAGAACCUGCCCCGGGACCACCACUACAGGGUCCUGUUCUGCUCGUCGGUCUUGAACCUGUGUGAGCUCGUGGCCCUGAGGCCGGACUUGGCCGGACUAAAGAAAGUCCUGUACUUCCACGAGAACCAGCUGGUCUAUCCCCGACAGAAACCCCAGAACCGGGACUUCCAGUACGGGUACAACCAGAUCCUGUCCUGUCUCGUUGCAGAUCAGGUCGUCUUUAACUCGCGGUUUAACUUGGACUCGUUCGUCGGGUCCGUGAGGUCCUUCCUGAACCAGAUCCCGGACUACAAACCUCAGGACCUCGAGUCCAAGAUCCGGUCCAAGUCCCGAGUCCUGUACUUCCCCCUGGACCUGCCCCAAGUCGAGCCAUUUCUUCCUGAGCACAAACGACAGAGACGCCCCCAAGUCCAGAGUCCCCAACAAUCUGAAGACCCAGACCAGGGUCCAGACCAGGGUCCAGACCAGGGUCCAGACCCGGUCCGGCCCCUGCACAUCGUGUGGCCUCACAGAUGGGAGCAUGACAAAGACCCGGCUCUGCUCUUCUGGGUCCUGCUCAGACUCAAAGACCGAGGUCUGGACUUCAGAGUCUCUGUUCUCGGGGAGCGGUUCUCCGAGGAGCCUGAGGUCUUUGCUGAAUCCAGGGAUCUUCUGGGGGACCACGUUCUUCACUGGGGCUUCGUCCAGAGCAAAGACGAGUUCUAUAAAGUCCUGGCCGAGUCCGACCUGGUCCUGUCCACCGCCAAGCACGAGUUCUACGGGGUCUCCAUGUUGGAGUCGGUUCACUGUGGGUGUUUUCCGUUGGUUCCAGACUCUUUGGUUUAUCCUGAAAUAUUCCCAGUCCAGUACAGGUUCAGGACUCCGGCUCAGCUCCUCAAGAAACUCACACGAUUCUGCAAAAGACCAGAACUUGUACGAACCCACACUGUGCAGGUGGACAUGUCUCGUUUCUCUUGGGCGACUCUCAAACCUCAGUUUUUGGACCUGCUGUCUGCACCUGUCAGCUCGCCCCUGCCUGCUCCUGUCAGCCCUGACAAACAGGAGCAGCACCUGUCUGAAGAUGGACAAACCCUCGGGGGAAAGACUCCGUGACAAAGACUCAUUUUUCUUGGAACUGUUUUGAUCUUUGGAGAUGUUCUGGACAAGACCUGAGGUGGACCUGAGGUGGAGACCUGAGGAGGAUCUGAUUAGGACCUGAGGUGGAGACCUGAGGUGGAGACCUGAGUUUUGGUCAGAUUCAGUUGUGUAAAAAACCUCUCUGACUCGUUUUAUGUUUGAAUAUUUUAAUAAAGUGAUUUUCAGGUAAAA